AUGCACGACAACAAGGUUUUAGCGCCAGCAUGUUUACUAACCUAACCCUCGCAUGUCAUACAUAGGUACAGAUACCCCAAAGGACAUCAUACUACACUCAGAGCACACCCGGAAUCUUAAAAUGUUUAGCCAGUCAUUUGUUAUGCUAACAAGCUAGCAAAAGCAUCAACUUCUGUUAGACAGGCGAAGCUCUAGUACGCUCAACUGAAAUGAUACCGUUCGUUUACAGUAUACUAAAAUGAACUAAUAGUAUGUAGUAUGUUAGGAUGGGUAUUCGAACACAGCCAUUGUUUUGUGUAGUUUAAGGGUUGGGAAGUCCCAAUGAUAACAGAUAGCAGACUCCUUUUCAUAUUUUUUUGUAUUUCACCUUUAUCGUGGACCUUCACCGCAUAAUUAAAUCAGGAUCCCAACUUAACUGCUAGUGGCUAAUCAAAAGAUUGACAGCAACUACUACAAAUGAAAUAGAACCCCAAUGAUAAGUAACCAAUCAAAUUUGUGUUGUCCAGAUAAGGCGGGUACUCUCGAGGGGGGUGUGAACUCUAUUGGUUAGUGCUAUCCGGGAUUGAACCCCAUUGGCGUGAACAAGCUCUUGAUCCCUUGUCACUAGUUACCACAUCCACAAAGUCAAAAAUGUAUGAAACAAAAUUGAGCUUUUUGGUCUUAAUUUCAGAAUGAAACAUAAGGUUAGCGGUGGUUAAGGUUAGGUUUUAAAUCUGAUUUUAAGAAGAUAAAUUGUAGUAAUAGGCGGGUUUUAGCCAUGAUUAUGACUUUGUGGCUGUGGUAACUAGGGACAAAUAUCAUGUCGACUGACUUCCAUGUGUAAGAAAAACGUGAUGCUGGUUAUUGCACGGAGUUGAAAGUACGAUAAAAUUGGUGAGCUAGCUAAUAAUUGAACCGAAUGGAUGACUAUUAAAAACAAUAGUGGUUUAUACGACUAUUCAUAAACUGUACAAGUGCCUGCUGUCACUCAAGUACCAUCGGUUCAAUGGUGGUACGUUAGUUGGUGCUUGUCUCGUGCUCUUGAAUUCCGUAGCUUAGCUAACAAGCUAAUGUCAAAUACAGUUUGAGACCUGGUUUGAUACUUUGUCAUCUCUUAGGCCUUUAAGCUAACAAUAUAACCACCUAACGUUAGAGUAAUCUGCAUCUUUGGCAGUGUUUGCUUCCUAUGUUAUAAAUGAUUCCUAGUUAAUUUCCCAUCAAUACUGACAGCGUUACAAUUGACAUUGUUGGUAACAAAUACUCCACAGAUAGGAAAGUUAACUAAUAAGCGUGCACUUGCUUUAAUUAGCUGUCACUUCUAGUGGUCGAACUUACUCUUGCACAAUCAGCAGAAUGUUUCAGUCUACACCACGGCAGCUUAUACAUUUAUGUGAAAUCGGUGUAUGUGCUGUUAGGGUUCAAAGCAGUAAUACAGUGAGACAGGGGAUUGGCAAGAGCAAUGGCAAAUCUGAAACCACGACAUGGAUUAGAAGACGCAUGGGCCUGUUGUUAUCAUGGCUCCAGAGAUCGGGGGUGGGCACCAGUAAAAAAGUGGCGUCUGACAAUAAGAAGCAAGACUUGCUAUCAAUUUUUGCCAACCAUUGUAGCUUUGUGACAGGCCAGAGGCUUCGACGCGCCUAUCAAAUUGGAGAACUUUACGCAAACCUGUACUCAGAGCGAACUAGGUGGACUCUGGUAGGAAGCAUAUGGCGUCGACUCCAGAGCAAGCACGCUUCCACGGGGAAGCUUGUGGCUGCACUGGCGGGUGUCUUCCUGUGGGAGGACGAGAAGGUCCGAGAUGAAGAACUACACAGGUGUGGACUAGAGCUCCAAGCUUUGGAGUCAGUGAAGAAUCUGAGUGCAUCCUCAGAGAAGGCUGAAGGGCAGGUGGAGACAGGCUGGGAACUUGUCAUGGAGAAGAAUAAUUUCAAAGUGUGGAGGCGGCCAAUUGAGGGAAGCCACUUAUGUGAAUACAGAGUUUGGGGUACUUAUAACGACGUCACCCCCCGACAGUUCUUCAAUGUCCAGUUGGACAUGGAGUACAGGAAGACGUGGGAUGCUCUGGUUCUCAAGCUGGAGGUGGUGGACUGGGACGUCAAUACAGGCUCAGAGGUUGUGCACUGGGCCACGCGUUUCCCUUAUCCCAUGUACUCGAGGGACUAUGUUUAUGUGCGUCGCUACAAUGUUGAUGUGGAGAAUAAUCUGAUGGUCCUGAUCUCCAGAGCAGUUCAGCAUCCUGGAGUCCCAGAAACUCAGGACUAUGUCAGAGUCCACUCAUACCAGUCCAAGAUGGUCAUUCGCCCUCACAAGUCCUUUGAUGAGAAUGGCUUUAACUACCUACUGACCUACAGCGACGACCCUCAGACCGCCUUUCCCCGCUACUGUGUGAGCUGGAUGGUGUCCAGUGGUAUGCCUGACUUUCUGGAGAAACUGCAUACUGCAGCCCUGAAGGCUAAGAACCUGGAGGUAGGGAUCUAUGAUUAUGCCAGCGCCGUGAAGUCCAACGACACCAAGCACCAGCCCAGCCAGGACCGGCUUGGGGACAACACGCACCCUGGGCAGAUCUACGCCUAAGGGACUUUUUUAUUUUUUUUGCAGGGUUGGGGAGAGUAACCUGCAUCUGCUUGCAUACAACAACCUUCAAAACACAGGCUUUUGGACACAAGGGGUGAUGGGAUAUCAAAUGAAGCUGGAAUAUACAUACAUUAAAGAUGUACCGUACUUGUGCUAUACUGUUGCUAUUUGAGUGGUUAUAAUGGUCACAGCCAUAUUGAUAACAUAAUUGUCAUGGGAAGCUUAAACAGUACCAACAAGAGCCUUUGAACCCUUUGGAGGAAAGACUUCUCUUUUUCUGCCUGGAGAAUUGCCAUUGGAGCUUUCUGCCUUGAAACAAUAGUGCUAGACAGCCAAUAUCCUGAGGGGAGAGGUGUCCAUCAUGCCUCCUUUUGUUAACUAGCUGCUACACCAACUAGCGAGACUGCACCAAAAAUAUUACCCCUAUAGAGAUGUUGCCAAAGCAUUGUUUCUCACUCCAUCCACCAUGUCUGCUCAUUUCUUCCAGCCACCUUGUGUGUUCCUUAUUUGGUCAUAUCCGCACUGAAAUAGCUCGCUGUGGAGGCUUAGCUACAUGCAUGCAUGCAUAGUUUGUUUAUACAACCGAGAAAGGAGAACAUCUAUAAAUAAAAACGCUGUGAUACCAGGA